AUGCCUGUGGUGCACGCAGCCUCCUCACGACUGAAACCUCAACACGGACGCUGCCGGUUCUACACCAGGAGGAAGGCGGUCGCGCCCUCGUUGGAUUUGGUGGAUGACGCCAUUGAUGUCCUGGAGGAGGCACCACGGAAGAGGCGGAAGACCAAGGCUGUCCUGCAGGCAUCUCCAGAUUCUGCGGUCUCUGCUUCACCAGCUUCGCCUUCCCCGCAGGGUCCAGAUCCGCCCUCUCCCGACGGCGUCUCACGCGUGGUGCCUGUGGUGCCUGUGCUGGGCACG